AUGAAUAUUGCUCAAAGAUUACUAUUUUUGAUAUGCUUAGCUCAUACUUUAGAUAAGAUCGAAUCAUUAGAUAAAUCACAGAUGGAAAAGAUCAAGGAUGAGUAUUUCAAAAAGAUUUCUGGUGAUAUCGGUAAUAUAAAAAAAGACUUAGAUAAAAAUCUAGAAUAUCUUGUCCAGGAUGUGGAACCUCAUAAAUUCAAUAAAAACUUAACUGACGUAAGGAUCAUUGUUCUAGACAUGGGAGGUACAUACUUUAAGAUAGCUCAAAUAGAAAUAGAUUUUAAUGAGGGUGCUAUUGUAGACUACAGGGUAGUUAACACUGUAGAAAUCGAGUAUCCAAGGAACGAAAAGAAUAUAAAAGAAAAAUACUGGCACGACUGGGCUGCAGAAAAGCUUGUCAGCUAUGUAAAGAAGAAUGAUAUUACCCCUGAUUUCUGUAGUAUUGUCUUUUCUUAUCCAAUUUGUUAUAAGGGUGAUCAAGUCUUUCCAUGUGCCUUUACAAAGUUCUUUUGUUUUGAAAAGGAAGAAUCCUUGAGUCAUGAGAUAAUGACAAGCAUAAAUGAUUCUAUUCUUUAUUUGUUAGAAAAUAAAUACUCAGGUGCAAAUAAGUGCCUUAAACGUGGUCUGCAGAUCAAGAGUGUCCUGAAUGAUGCUGUUGCAAACUACUUCUACAGCAAAUCUAAAGAGUCAAGUAAUAGUGUGGCAAUAAUCCUUGGCACUGGAACAAAUGCCGCCUUUUCUUUUGAAGCAAACGGUAAUAAAUAUGUUUACAAUUCUGAAUGGGGUGCUUUUGUCCCUGAAAUGAAAACGCUUCCCGAGGAACAAGAAAUCUUAAAAGAAAUGAAGUCUUCUGGUGUAACUAUUAAUUUUCUAGAUACAAUUGCUGCCAACGGCUGUAGAAUUCCCCUGCUAAACAGGAUCUCAAAGAAAAGAAACUUAGGAUUUAGGAAUAUUGAUAAAAAUAACAUUCAAGAGAUAGCUAAAAAUACAAACGCACCCGAACAUGAAUAUUAUAGAAUACUAUCGAUUAGGUCUAAGCAGAUUUUGGUUUCCUUGCUGGCAGCCGUAAUUUCUAUAAAAGAACAGGAACAGUGGGAAAUAAUUUUAAAUGGGUCAGGAUUUAAUGAUAAAGAAGAUUGUGAUGAGUUUAUUGAAAUGACUAUUGAUUUUCUAAGAUACUUAGGAAUUCAGAGUGAUAUAACUUACUCCACCGAAAAUAACUUAGUUUUAAUAGGCUCGGCGUUUUAUACCGUUUACAAGAUCCUUCAUUAA